CCGCAGUUUACAUUGCGGCCCGUGGUGCGGCCACUGAUACACCCACCCCGCAGACAAAAGGCUCGACGUGACGGCCCCAUGCCAGUAUACACUAUAGGCCCUUCGCUUCACGUCAAAGUCGUCGCACGCUCUGCGUUUUCCUUUGAUCUGAUUGUGUAUACGAUGGCUUUCCCCAUUCACACGUGACUUCCUCCCCCAGCUCUUUGCUCACUUUGUCGUCUCUCUUCGGUGACACACAAGGGGAACUUUCCCAUGCGAGGAUGGUUGGCUGAAAUUGCUACCGGAAGAAUCAUCGAAAUUGUUUUUCGUCAGUUACGCCAAAAUCACGCAUAGCAGUAUUUGGAGAAAAAAAACAAACUCAACGCUCAUCCCUCGCUCAUCUCUCGGCCUCCGACCAUCACCGGUCGGUCAAUCAUCUCCAGGAGGAACUCUCAACAGUUUGACUCUUUGUUAGGGGGUUCGGUUUUCCCCCAUCUGUCAGUCCACCUUCGAUCUACCUCAACUCCAAUAUCUACUUGGAGGCCUGUAUAGUUGACUGACUGCUAGCCAACGGAAUUAUCUGACCAAAGAUAAGGACUUUCCAUCGCUGGGCACAUAAAUAAAAUAACUUUACAGAAGAGAGCAACUUUGGAGCCAAGUUUUUGCAAGAGCAUUGGCCUGUGAUUGGCGUCUAUACACAGUUGGUCUGCUGGCUUGUUCAACUUUGUCCCAAGAGUUUCUUCCCAUCAAGCGACCUAGCUGGUGUUGACAUCGCAUACACACAUCAACCUCGCACAAUGACAUCGCCAAGACCCAUCCUCCUCCUGCUCAUCAACCUCAUCCUCAUUACCUCAGCCAGACGGGUCGCCACCCUGCCCGAAGAGACAGGCGCCCCAGAGGAAUCCAACGAGUAUGUCUUAGACCUCAACAAGUUGGAUGGGGACCCAGACAACCUGAUGGCCCAAAUCAAGCAUCUAGCCUCGGCGCUCCACACCUGUGGCUUCAGCGGUGAGAUGCAGCAGAUGCGGCUGUUUGAGCUUGCCAAUCGCUCAGUCACGUGCAAUGAUGGGUCACCAGCAGGAUACUAUUUCAGACAAUCUCAGGGAAGUAAAAAGUGGCUCAUUUUUCUUGAAGGAGGUUGGCAUUGUUUUGACAGAGACAGCUGUCACAACAGAUGGUUGUCGUCCAGCAGGCUUAUGAGCUCCAGAACGUGGCUCAAAACAAAAACAGGUACUGGAAUCUUGUCUCCGGAUCCGGAGGAGAACCCCAUCUUCUGGAAGUCCAAUGUCGUGUAUGUUCCCUAUUGCUCCAGUGAUGUGUGGAGUGGGACAGCAUCAGCAUCGGAUUCAGAUGGUUAUGCGUUUAUGGGUGCUCUUAUACUGAAUGAGGUAUUUGAGGAGCUACUUGGUGUUGGGCUCAUGGAUGCAAGACAGAUUGUCUUUGCUGGAAGCAGUGCUGGUGGUACAGGAGUGCUUCUGAACCUGGACCGCAUAACUUCCAUGCUGGAAGAAGCAGGCAGUACAGCCCAAGUCCUUGGGCUAAUAGACUCAGGCUGGUUCCUGGAUCAGGAACACCAGACACCGGGAGCAGAAUGCAACGAUGCUCUCUACUGUGAUCCAGCACUAGCCUUGCAGCUAGGAACCAAGUUGUGGAACAGUUUAGCACCCAAGAGUUGCAUCGAGAUGUAUGGUGAGGAGCAGAUGUGGAAAUGUUUCUUUGGCUUCCGGAUACACGAAACAUUACAGACGCCAGUUUUCAUCUUCCAGUGGCUGUAUGAUGAGGCUCAGUUGACAGUGGGUAUGUCGGGACCUCCUAUCCAGAUCGAACACUGGAACUUCAUGCAGAAGACAGGAAGGGACAUGAGGGCCUCGCUCCGUAAUGCAUCUGCAGUAUUUGCUCCAGCCUGCUACGCUCACAUGGUCCUUACGAAAAGUGACUGGACCAAUAUUCAAGUGCGGAACGUCGGCCUUCACAAAGCCCUCAAGUGCUGGCUGAAGAAGAAUGAACCAGAACUGCCUGAUUUGACAAGGGAGGAAUGGGGGCCCCUCUUUAGCUACUCCCAAGAAUCGAUAAACCCCGAGGAAUUUGGGAGCGGGUGGCUCGUGACAACCGCAUCACCUCUGACAACAGUAGGGGCUGAUGAGGAGGAUGAAGAUAGUGGAGGAGGUGGCUGGUGGCCAUGGAAACGAAGUGCAGAAGAGCCAGAGAGAAGAGGAAAGAAGAACAAACGACGAAGCGGCCGUCGGAGCAGCCCAGCCUUAGACAGAGAGAUGCAGGGUGAUGACCCAAGGGCCGCGGCCAAGCGGUCAACCACUCGGACCAAGAAAAAGUGUCAGCAACGGCUGCUGGACCAUGCGACAUGUCCUCACUGUAAUCCACAUUGUCCCAAGAUGAGAAACCCAUUCACAGACGAGGACAUGGAAUUUCUGUCUUUCAUGCGACUGUUUGGUCUGGACCUCAGCGCACUGGCCGAGCAGAUGGGAUUGGAUGAGAGGGCGCUCUCCAUGGUGGAUCCAGCUGUUGCUAUGCAAGUACUGGCAGAGGCAGCACGUAACUAAGAGCAGAUCACCAUGGUAGCAGAGACACCUGAUUUUUUGGCCAUCCAUUUUCAGUUUUGAAAGUGACAAAUUCUCGGCGGACCAAACAAAUCUCAGACUAUUUGUAUAACCUAAACAAUAUGAACUGUUCAUAUCUGCAAAUUUUGUUACGAUUUGUUCUGUCAGACCACAUCCUAAAACACUUCAGAACCACAACCAUUUAAACAAUUAUUUGUUGGGAUUCGGGCAAAAAAGCGAUUGUUAGUCCCCCCC